AUGGAAACGAAUACAGAAGCCUAUUUCCGUCAUGAUCCCAUGAAAGAAUCUACAUGGACACGAACGAUUCUUGAAUCAAUCAAUGGAGGAAGUGACGCUUAUUACAAGGUCGAAUCCAAGCAAUUGGUAACCAUGUUAAUUAUCGUGAUUGCCAAAAAAGUACAUCGCGCUGCUAUUUCGGAGGUUCAAUGUACGAGUGCUGGUGUAGGUCUCAUGAACGUGAUGGGUAAUAAAGGUGGUGUCUCUGUACGAUUUCGAUUGCACGAUAGUUAUGUCUGUUUUGUCACGAGUCAUUUAGCUGCGUUUGCUGACAAGACCGAGAAACGAAACCAGGAUUUCAUUGAACUAUCAAAACGUUUGAUUUACCCAAAUCAUCCGGACCCUUUAACAGAAUAUGUGUCGUAUUCUUGGAAUAACGGUGGUGACGAAGGUGUGUCGUUUAUGGAAAAUAACCAGGCGGUUCAUGAUUGGGAUAAAGAAAGCUCGAUUUUUCAUAACGAUGUGCUUAUCUGGUGUGGCGAUUUGAAUUACCGUGUCAAUCUAAAUGAAGCUGUCAUCAAGAAUUAUGUGUCACAAAACAAGCUGACUUUCUUGCUAGAUUAUGAUCAAUUGUCGAUCGAACGAGACGCAGGCCGUACCUUCCCCAUGUUUGAUGAAGGUGAGAUUGAGUUUCCUCCUACGUACAAGUAUGAUGCUGGCACCAACCAGUACGACACCAGUGAGAAACGACGUGCGCCUUCGUGGACAGAUCGAGUGUUGUUUAAAAAGAGCCCAGUGGAUAGCACAAGACCCAGUGUAGAAUUACUGAGUUAUAAAAAUUGCAUGACCAUGAUGAACAGUGAUCAUAAACCUGUGCGAGCCUUAUUCAGAAUGAAUAUUCGAAAGAUCGACAGUCGAAAGCAACACGAGACACGACAACGAUUAAUUCAACAAAUUGUGGAUAAUCCCGAUACACAACCUCGUGGUGAUAUUUCUUCUUCUUUCAUUGAUUUUGAAAAGGUGCGAUUUAUGGAAUAUAAGGAAAAGAACAUCUUGUUGGAGAAUACAGGACAAGUGUUGAUGUUGUUUAAAUUUAUCUCGAGUGGAGAAGAGGAUGUGGUAUUCCCACCUUGGUUACAGGUAGAGCCUAGUUCGGGUGUAUUGGCUCCCGGUGAAAAGGUGGUAUUGCGUUUUGAAGUGACGGUGGAUCCAACCAUUUCCGCUCCCUUGAACCGUGGAGAACAAAGCAUUGAGGAUAUCUUGAUCUUGAGAUUGGCAGACUGUAAAGAUUUCUUUAUCUCGAUCAAUGGUGAUUAUAUUCCUACUUGCUUUGGUGUACCCUUGGAGCAAUUAUCUGAAUUAACCGUGCCCAUCCUCCAAGUCACCAAUACAGCCUAUAAACCCAUGCCCGUCUUAAAUCAGAUUGAUGUUCCUAAAGAAUUAUGGAUGCUCAUGAACUUUUUAUGGAGUCCCACUAUGUUUAGCAUGGAACCAUUAUUUUUGGAGCACGGUGAUUUGGUUGUUUCUACUUAUAUCCGUGAUUGUCUUGAUAAUGGAACCCAAUUUGAUGGUAAUGUGUUGUUGGGUGGGUCUUCUCCCACAGGGGUUGAAGGAGAAGGGGAACAACUUGCAACUUCCAUGGAACAUUUGAAUUUGACAGAGGAGGAGAAACGUCGAAAGGAAAUUGUCAGUGCCAAUUCCAUGAUUGAUGUCUUGGUCGCCUUUUUAGAAUGUCUUCCUGAACCCGUGAUCUCCACUCAUCUGUACGAACGUGCUUUAGACGCAGGUGAUAGUUCCGAUGCCAUGAACAUUUUAAAGGAGUCACUGGCGCCUUUUCAUCGUAACGUACUCUUGUACAUUGGUAUCUUUUUGAGACAAGCGAUUGAUGCAGCACCCGCCAAUUGCCGCAACGCUCGUGAAGAAAAAAUCAUCGAGACAUUUACAGUCUUAUUACGACCUCCUCUUGAUUUCAAGGAACGUAAUCCAGCUGUUGCUAAAGAAAGAAGAGAAAAGUUUGUAGUUCAAUUGUUAAAAACUUGUAAGACAUAA